AUGGCCAGUAGAUAUCGAACUGAGAAUGUAACUCUAAAGCACUCUGCUUUCUCACCUUCAAUUUCUGGCCUGAUCCACAGGAAGGUCUCAGUUGGUGUUGGCAAUGACGCGGUGUUAUUCGCGGGUAUUUCAUUGGUGUUCGGAAUCGCAUUGAGGCAUCUACUUAAAGGAACUAGAGUUCCUUAUACAGCUGCUCUGCUCGUUCUCGGCAUCGCCAUGGGAUCACUAGAAUAUGGAACAAACCAUGGGUUAGGAAAGGUUGGUGAUGGAAUCAGGAUGUGGGUAAAUAUUGACCCUGAUCUUUUUGUUAGCUGUUUUUCUCCCUGCUCUUCUUUUUGA